AUGUGCACCCCACGCCACGAGUGUGAAUCCAAUGAGUUGCAAUGCAUCCUCCGUCCAUGCCUUCAGUGGAUCGAAUCCGCUGAGGCUCAGGGCCACGCCACCGUCUUCGUCGCCAAGUUCUUCGGCCGCGCCGGUCUCAUGUCCUUCAUCUCCUCCGUCCCCGAUUCUCAACGCCCUGCUCUGUUUCAGUCGUUACUCUUCGAGGCCUGUGGGAGGACGGUGAACCCCGUGAACGGCGCGGUGGGGCUGCUGUGGACCGGAAACUGGCACGUCUGCCAGGCGGCGAUGGAGACAGUCCUCCGCGGUGGAUCCUUGCGGCCGAUCCCGGAGCUUCUCUCCACUGGAUCUCCUCCACCGUUCAUGGCCACCGACCAGGCUUCCAAAAUCAGUACAUCCAUGUGGCGGUUGCCGCGUAAGGAUGGUUCGACGGACGAUAACCCUAGCCACCACUGUCGCUUCUCCAGAUCCAAGGCGGCGACGGAGAAACGGAAGCGGCAGAAGCCGGAUCAGCCUGCUGGUUCGAAUCUGGAUCUCCAUCUGAACCACGGGCUCCCUUCGGCGGCGCCGUGCAAGGAGGUGAUAACCGGCGAUCGGCCGGGAACUCCGUCGAUGAUAUCGGAGGAGUCGGUAACGACGUCGUGUUGGGACGGUGGGUUCGGUGAUCAGUACGGCAACGGAGGAGAGAGGAAGCUACUGAAUCUGUUUGUUUAAAAACCGACGGUGUUUUCUUCAUCUCAUUAUCUUCUUUUAUUCUCCGGGCCAUAAAUUUUGGUUUUUGUUUUUGUGUGGGAACGAUUUUUAGUUCCUCUUUCUAUAUAUAUAUAUAUAUAUCCGGUUAAAUUUGAGACACUUAUGAUGUAGAAUGACCGGCUAAUUCAUGAUUUCUCCCUUUGAUUAUCGUCGUAAUCAGAGAUUUGAGAAAAAUGAUAAAUUUGCCGGUUUUAAAACUAAUUAUAUUUAUAAAAUUCUA